CGUGCACGCAUCAGCAGCAGGAGCUCUUCAGAGGUCCACGGACCGCUUGACAGCAGCUACCAUGCAACCGGUCCAUCUGGAAGCUGCGGUGAUCCUUGGGUUUAUUAUUCCUCAGAUUUCCAGCAUCAGCAAUUCAUCUCCACCUUCUGAGUGUUUGGCUGCUUUGGGCACCUGCAUGUCAAAUCUAUGCAAGCGGAGCGAGGAGGCAUUUUACGGCCGUGUCUGCGAGGAUGAAGGGUGCCAGAUAGAAGGCUUAGAGGUCUGUAACUUGACCAUCCAGACUGUACUGGACCAAUUUCCCUCUCUGCCCGGGUGUGUGUGUGCCUGGGAGGAGGAGCUUUGUGACUCUAUACAAGCGCUGGCCACACAAUGCCAGCAUAAGCCAGCAGCUCGGCAAAGGAAAAGCUCAGUGAUGGACUGGCAGUCAAGCAGUUUAAUAGGCUAUGUACACGAUAAUUCUGCAUCCUGCUUGGACCAGAUAACAGUUUGUGUCAGUGAUACAGUUUGUAACAGGUACCUAGCACUUGUGCUUCAGGUGUGCAUGGCACAAUGCAACCGGGACCGCUGUCAGCUAGUGACUCAGCAGUUCUAUGCUAACAUGCCCCACAACGUUGCAGAGAUGCUGGUCAUGUGCCAGUGUGACACAUCAGAUCACACCUGUUGGGAAAUGACAAGUGCUCUGCACAGUGGUACAUGUGGAGGUCAGACCUGGAUCUGCCAGGAUACAGUAAAUCAGUGUGUCGAGGACACUGCCUGCAGAGAGAUAUUAAAGUCCUUUCGAGAGAAAUGCUGGGACCCCGAAGACGCCCAAUGCAGGGACAGUGACCUUCAAACUGAUGAGUGUAUCACCCGGAUGGAUCCAGCUCGCAUCCGUGGUGCAGACCCUGAAUGUAAAACUGCCUUCUUGAAAACGUUGGGCACAGAUCUGCACUACCCUUGCACAUGCAAAGGGAUGCGCCACGAUGAUCUACUGUCAUGCAACACGAUUUAUGAUGUGCUGCACAAUAGAUCACUCUUCCUGACACCUUGGAAAAGCAGCAGUGGUCCUACUAAACCUCAUGAAAUCAAUGAAUCUGAGCAAGAUCCCUCACGGUCACACGAUUAUGUCUUGUAUGCUUUAGCAACUGUGCUCCUUGUCGGCGUUGCUGUAUUGAUCCCUGUGGCUGUUGCCAGUAAAAUAUGGAUGUUGACCAAAAAAGAAAAAACUAAAUUUCACUCCCACCAGAAAAGUAACUGUGUUCUUGCUCUCUGAUGCUCGUUUGAUCUGUUAAUUAAUACAUUCAUUAUCACACACAGAUACUUCAUUAUGGUGGCAUUGUGAGAUAUAACAAAUGGUCUUUGUAACCCAAUGCAAUGUUGAAAGGAGGCCUAAUCAGUGCAAAUUAAAUUGAGAGUAUGUUUAUUAAAAAAGGUUAAGAAUCUAAUAUGUAACAGUUAUUAAUGUUAUAUAUUCAAUUUCAUCAGUACUUUUUGUCAUUAAUUUAGCCUGCUCUUGGCUUAAUAAUAACCUAAUACCCUUAAGUUUGUAAGAAUAUUAAUCAAUGUAGAACAGAUAAUUCAUCAAUGUAGAACUUUUAUCUUUUAAGGAAAGAUUAGUUUGAAUGAGACAGAGAGCAGGGAGGUUUAAUGCUGUGGCCUGAAUAACACAACUUGGAGCGUUUGCUCAAUCUGCUUAAGAAAUGUUUUCAUCAUCCAUAUUCGUGGAGACAGUUAUAUGGUCUGUUAGUUAAUUAUUAGACUCCGGAGGUACAUAAGUAACUCUGGCUGUCACCAGCUUAACAUUUAGCAAUCCGCUGUUCCUGUGCUUUUCAUGAGAAAAACAUCAACUUUUGCACAACUAUCCAAACAAAGGAAAGAAUUAUAGUAAUAAAAUAUAAAAUAACCUUUUAUGAAAAUGAUGACAAGGUUUUGACUGUGUGCUAGUAGCUAAUCAUGUGUUGGAAUAGUGAAGUGAAGCAGCACCGGAUCCACCGUUACAGGCGGUUUAGAUUCAACGCCUCAUCUGACCGACAUGUCUGGACUUUGAGAGGAAGCUUCACCCGAGGAAACCCCAGGGGAGAGAUUGUGACUGUAACACCACCGCAUGCCGAGGCCAGAGCAUUCCUGCUGUUUGGCAGCAGCACUGAGUCAACCAUGAAGAUGUAGGUGUAUACAUAGGAGAGGAAGACGUGGACGGGCAGUAAAGGGGGAUGGCUACAGAUUUAUCUUUUUUUUCUUACUAUUUUCUGUGUGUGAAGGCUGAAAGUGAAUCCUUUUUUAAACUCAUGGCCUUUGGCUGGAAGGCAGAAAUACACAGUGUUUAGUCCCGACCAAAAUGAAAGUGCUACACUCGCUGAGUUAGGAAAUGAUCUCACCUUAUUGAAACAAUUGAGAGGUUUUAUGGAUGGGAAUGGAACAAUGAACAUCGCUUUAGUCUUGUUAAAGAUGUUGCAAAUGCUGCUUUAAGGUUAACACAGGGGGCAGUCAAGCUCGGCUUCAUGUACGCUGUAAAGUAACACAUCGUUACAACUGGACGGCGAAGCUAAAAAGAGUACAUUUUACUCUUUUUAUUAUCUUUAACCAAUGCGUCAAACCCACUUCCCAGCAAAAUGGAAACUUCCAUUUAUUAUAAAAAAUUGGGUGAAAGUGAUUUUUAGGUUUCUGGUGCACACAGAAUCCUUCAACUAAUUGGUGGAUCAAGGUGCCUUUAAUCCAAUAAAGACUCUAAAUAGAAAAACAAUGGACAAACUAAACAAUUUUGGCCUGGACAAAGACACCCACAUCUGUUAUUUUUUUCUUUAUUUGGAUCGUCUUAAUCCUCCAGCAUUGGUUUCACGAAAAGACAAUUAUCUGAUAAUGA